AUGGACUCGGCCUUGCAUCUUUUGGGGGCCGAUAUGAUAGCAACGUUCGAGCUCGGUGCCGUCCCCAUGGACCAGUUUUGCAACAAGGUGGAAGCAGAGGGAGUGAAAUGGGAGAGCCGAUUCCCUGCAUUGUUUAAAGGCAACGGAUUGUGCACCAAGGCGAAUGUACAGAUUCAGCUCAAGCCAAAUCACCGUUCUGUGUUUUGUCCCAAGCGCCCGGUAGCGUACGCGAUGCGAGCAACGGUGGACAAGGAGCUCGAUCGCUUAGAGGAUCUAGGGGUGAUUACUCCGGUGGAUUAUUCGGACUGGGCGGCCCCAAUUGUGGUGACAGGGUCUCAGACCAAACCAGCGAAAAUAGAUGCGAUCCUGAAGAUGCCAGCACCGACGAACGUUAGUGAGGUUCGGUCCUUUCUGGGUGCUGUGAAUUAUUACGGCAAAUUUGUACCAAAGAUGCGAGAAUUGCGAUACCCGCUGGAUGCAUUGCUCAAAAACGACACCAAAUUUGUUUGGACACGGGAGUGCGCAAAUGCUUUUAACAGGUUGAAAGACCUGUUAGCAUCCGACUUGCUGCUGACGCACUACGACCCGAAUGCAGAGAUAGUGGUCUCUGCCGAUGCAUCGUCGGUUGGACUAGGCGCGACCAUAAGCCACAGGUACGCGGAUGGCUCGCUGAAGGUUGUCCAGCACGCAUCGAGAGCCCUUACGAAGGCUGAAGCAAAUUAUAGCCAAAUUGACCGCGAAGGUUUGGCGAUUAUAUUUGCUGUGAAAAAGUUUCAUAAGAUGCUGUUUGGGCGCCAUUUCCGACUGCAAACCGAUCAUCGACCCUUGUUGCGGAUUUUCGGGUCACAUAAGGGUAUACCAGUGUACACGGCAAAUAGGUUGCAGCGGUUUGCAUUGCAGUUGCUGAUGUACGAUUUUACCAUCGAGUACGUGCAAACCGAUAAGUUUGGCAAUGCGGACGUGCUCUCAAGGUUGAUACACGAGCACGCAAAACCGGAUCCGGAAUACGUAAUCGCAAGCGCUGAGUUGGAAAAUGAUGUAAGUUCCAUAGCAUCAUACUGUAUUAAUAUAUUUCCACUCAAUUUUAGAGACGUUGCGAAGGCCACGGAGUCCGACCCUGUCCUGAAGAAGGUUUACGGAUACAUCAUGGAAGGGUGGCCCCAAAAUGUCGCGUAUGCUGCAGAGCUGGCUUGCUUUUACCACAGAAGCGAAGCCCUAACCACGGUGCGUGGUUGCAUUUUGUUUGGGGAAAGAGUGGUGAUCCCUAGCAAGCUGCAGCAGCGUUGUUUGAAGCAACUACAUGAAGGGCACCCCGGUAUCCAGCGAAUGAAGUCGAAGGCCCGGAGUUACAUGUACUGGCCAUCCGUUGAUAAGGACAUAACGGAGCACGUAAAGGGAUGCCACGCUUGUGCGAUAGCGGCGAAGACUUCACCUCGCGAGAAACCUGUUCCCUGGCCAGCGACACAGAAACCUUGGGAACGUAUUCACAUCGAUUUCGCUGGGCCAAUCGAUGGUGACUAUUUUCUGAUCGUGGUAGACGCGUUUACCAAGUGGCCAGAGGUGAUACGAACGCGAAGUACCACAUCAGCAGCAACGAUCGCGAUACUGAGGUCAAUCUUUGCGAGAUUUGGAUACCCGGAAACGAUGGUGAGCGACAACGGGCCACAAUUUGUAAGCGCUGAGUUUUCGGAGUAUUGCAGUAGUCGCGGUGUACAACACGUCACAACUGCGCCAUUCCAUCCGCAAUCGAAUGGGCAGGCGGAGCGCUUUGUUGACACCUUCAAGCGGUCGAUGAGGAAGAUCCAGGAAGGGGGAACAACGCAGGACGAAGCGCUUGACGUUUUUCUGGCGAGCUACCGGUCAACCCCCAACGCUAUUUUGCCGGACAUGCAGUCGCCAGCUGAAGCCAUGCUAGGCAGAAAAAUGCGAACAGCGUUGGAACUGCUGAAACCUCCACCUGCAGCGCAAGCAGAACCGACCAACUUGGAUAGACGAUUUCAGCGCGGUGACCUCGUCUAA